UGAUGCUACGGUGUUAGUUUAAUAUGGGGGGAAGUGCAGAUAUUUUCAUGAGCUAGUGAAUAGUAACUAGUCAAAGUAGCCCAGACUAGUUACAGAAAGAUCUUUGUCUGAGCUGAUUGGUUAACUAAAUGUCUUAGCUUUACAAUAACACAGUUAAGUACUUAAGUAAAAAAUACUUUAAAGUACUAAUGAAGUCAUUUUGGGGGGUAUCUAUACUUUACUUUACUAUUUAGCAGUGUGACCUGACUAUUAAAAAAAACAAGAAAAUUAUGCCAUCUGGUUUUCUUAUUAUAAGGAAUAUGAAAUUAUUUAUACUUUUGAUAUUUAAGUAUAAUUGAGCAAUUACCUUUACUUUUGAUACUCAAGUAAUAUUUUACUGGGUGACUUUUACUCACGUCAUUUUGUAUUACGGUAUCUUUACUUUUACUCAAGUAUGACAAUUGGGUACUUCUUCCACUAGUGCAAUAACAUGCUCCGGAUCAGAGCUACCUAUAUACUGUAUAUAUAUAUUUAGACAGCUUAUAGAGAGCCUCUGUCUUUACCUCUCUGCUCCGGAUGGCUGGCCCACUGCGCAGUGUUGCCUCUGACAACAACAGUGAUUGGUCUGUGAGAAUAGACAGGUAUAAUGCGUCUUAAUCCAAUUCUAGCUACAGGGGUGCCUGCUCCUACUGUCACAAUGGAGCUCAUUGACUUCCUCAGGGACACUCCUCGUUUUGUGGUCUCAACUGGCCCUUCUCUGGAUAGUUUGAAGGAUUUAUUUCUGAAAUGAGGGGAUUGAUGCUCUGUGUUUUUGCCCUGGCGAUGUUAACAGCUUCUGCAGAUGAGGAUGAUCAGGAGGAGCAACGGGAGGAGGGGCCUCUGCAGUGUUUCCGCUGUGACCUGGGCUUCUGGGAUGCCUGCUACACCACCAAAACCAACUGCAAUAUCGGGGAGAAGUGCUACACUGGCCGAGGGAAGGCAGGUGAUGUGUUGGAAGUUAAGUUGCUGGGCUGUGUCAAGGCGAAGGAGUGUGAGCUGGUGACCAAUGUGGAGCUCUUCUCCAACACAACCAUCUACAUGAUGACCAGGCACUGCUGCGACACACACUUCUGCAACACCGGACACACACUACCCCUCAACACACUUCUCUCCCUGUCACUGACUACAAUAACCAUGAUCCUCACCUUCAACAGACUACAAUAACCACCAUGCAUCAUAAAGUCCCCAGCAGCACACAUUUAUUCCAUUUUCUUAAUUCUGUUAAUAUUCUGUGUUUAUUUGUCAAGGAAUAUGGACAGUAAUUAACAUAUGUGGAUGUGACAAAUUGAGGCUAAAGUCUCAUGUUCAACCCUUAGAAGCUGUCUCUGGGCUUGGGAAAAAUUGGUUAGAUGGUUUUAUGGAAUUCAAUUUUGAAUAAAUGUAAUUUUCUCAUUCUGUUGUUGGCAUAAACUAGAAAAGGAGACAGAAAAUAAAAUCCAAUCAUAUUUAUUGAA